AAUGCAAAUAAAAGAAAAUGAGCUGGGGGCUAGUGGUGGUGGUGACGUCACGAGUUGUUUACAAACAUUAGGACGAGGGAGGGAGACACCGCCGGACCAUGAGUCUACCACCUGACCUGACACAACACGACUACUGGAGGGUCGUCACGCACUAUGGAGCAGCUAAGAGAAGACAAAAAAUCCAUCUGUUACAUGAGUUUAGCUGACGCCUUCCUGACACGACUGAGGAAGGAAGCGGAGACCAGGACGAGGAGGAGGAUCCUGAAGGGGGUGGGGGUAGACGUUCUCCCCGUCACCAUGGAUAGGCAAGAUUUUAUAUACGACUACUUAACUAAACUCUAUGACCAGAAGAAAGGCACCUUCAGUAAACCCAAGAUAUUUGCCAAACAAACUAUUUAUGAAUGUGAGAGAAGUAAUGUGUGUAAGGGUAGUUCUUCUGGUGAUCCAACAAAGACUCGAGCCAACGGAUGUAAUGCCUAUGUGUCGUUCAUGUUUGAGGAAGGAGCAACGAUCACGGCUUGCAUCGUCCGUUUCCGUCUCUUACACAACGGCCACGACCCCACCAAUCGGGAGGAGUCUAGGAUCAGCAGGAUUGACAUGUCGUUGAAAGUUAUGAUCGAAAUGCAGAUAAACAGCGGCAUGAAGAUUAGUGAAAUUAUGAACGAGAUUGCCAAGUGGAACAAAAUGAAUAAGAACACAGAUCACAAAAACCGGAGAUACUUCCCCACGAGACAGGACAUCCAACAGCUGGCUCUCUCUCUCAAGAAACCUUUAAAGAUCCCACACAGCAGCAUCGUAGAAUCCAAGAAACCCAGGAAGUAUGACACGAUGAAUAAAGACAACAUAACGAGGCUGUUGAGGACUGAACUACGCGAGACAUGUGUUUACUAUCAGUCUCAGACCAUCACCGGGACCAACCCUCGGCCUCUGAUCGUUGUUCUCCAAAAUAGUGAUAUGAGAGAGAUGUGUAUUCGCCACGGCCAACACUUUGUACAUAUAGAGAAGAAUUAUGAAGGUCUGAGGCAGUAUGGGAAUGCUGUAUAUGUCUUAGUCGUGAGAGACGAUAAUGGAAAUGGUUUCCCCAUUGCCUACAUCAUCACUAGUGAUGAUGAUGGUGUGACCUUUGUCCAGGCACUACAGAAACUCACCUCCAGAUGUCAGAUUACCCCCAGGGCGUUCUUCUUGGACCGAGAGAUACACAACUUCUCGGAGAUGAUGGCACCGAUUUACCCAGAGAGUCAUUUCUUCAUUUCCUGGUGCCAAGUGGCUCAGGAAGUUCACAAGUGGCUACAGGGUUCAGCAGUGUCUGGGAAGGAGCAUGCUGAUGUACGCAAAGUUCUCCUGCACUACAUCCUGGAGCUUAAGGGGUAUGAUAUGGAAGAAGAUUUUAUGUUAGCAGCAAGUGAGAUGCAACAUAGAAUAGACUUUGAGACAUUUACAGCGAUGCUUCAAGCCGAGUGGAUGACGUGUGCAGCCAAGUGGAGCGACUUUGGUGGAAGUUCUGUUUAUGGCAGCAGUGAUACAAUGUCUGUCACAGAGAGGUUUUUCUUAAGAAUACAGCAUCAGUUUCUGAAAGGUUUACACACAAGGAAGUGUUUAGAAGAUCUGCUUAGACUCAUCACAGAAAAUGUCGUUGAACACAGGAAUUUUGUGGGUGGGAUGGUGAACAUGUCUCUACUGCUGGAAGGUACAGCGAGUGAGCAAGCUGGUUUACUACUUAACCAAGGUUGGUCACAGUUAAUUACAUGGCAGGGGCAGUGGGUGGCUCAUGUCCCGUGCCACAAUGUGUUGGAGAUGACUUAUCGAGUCAAUCUGAUCACAAUGGAGUGCGAGUGUCCCAUCGUAACCUACGUGGGACCCUGUUUACACCUGUGUUUGGUCAUGGCCCUGGCACAGCUACGAGACGGACCGACUUCUGAACAAGAGCGUCACAGACUUGCUUCGGAGGCUUAUGAAAACUCGGAUUAUGUCAUGGAUCACAUUUCCUGUAUUACAUUUCACAGUGGAGUCUUAUGUGUGACGAAGCUACAGAAUUGGAAAUGUACGUGUAUAGCGAGCACUUUUGACAUUGACUGUGUUGGAAAGAUCUUACUAAAAAUUGCUGAAGGAAGAGAAGAGGCCGUGACUUAUACUGUCCCUGCUCCAAAUACCUCGCCAUCACCCGGGUUAUCACACAGUCCUCGUGAUUUAGUGAAAGAUGUGGAUAAUAGUAACAUAACAGUGUGUAAAGCAGAGGUGGUGCCGGCCUUCACCAUCACCAUGACGUCGCAAGUGGAAAAGAGCAGCGCACAAGAUGGAACUUUUCAGGGAAUUCAAGAGCAGCCAAUGAUCAUUCAGGUCCACACCGGGUUGGUGACUGAUCCAUCUGGUGUGUCUCAGAUGGUAUCAGCCAGAGGUUCAGAGAUGUCAGAUAGUAAUUUAGAGUCUGUUAAAGUUAUUAAAAAGGAAAUUGACCAAAUAUCAACUGACACAAAUUUGUCUUCACUUGCAAUUAUUGAAAAACUAUAUCAGUGGUCUAGAUCAAAAGACUUUAAAGAUUCUAAAGUGCUUAAUGACAUGCUCAGAGAAACUCAUAAUGUUAUUUGGGGAAAACAAAACUCUUCACUUCUAAAACAAGAAGUUGAACCAAAGACCAAAAAAAUUAAGGAUUUAGGGAACAAGAAAUUAAGAGCCGUUGUUCAGUCCGUGAAAAGACCGAGAGUUUUUACAGAAGACGACGAUGAUGGCUUAGACCAAAUGUCCUCGGUGUUGCCGACCAUGAGGGUCAGCAGAAGUGGCAGAACUAUUAAGAUCAAGGAAGAACCUGACUUUAUUAUGUGAAAGUGCGUACAGUACCUCAUUAAAUCCCGAGUUGUACAGAAUCACAGGUUUUAUAUGAUAUUUUCUCUUUCACUCCUACAAGCUUCCCCCAUUAGCCUAUGGUGUGAGCGGCCCAACAUCAUGACCAACACACACACACUCUCCCAUCACUUUAUUAUAAUUGCUUUACAAUGAUUCCAACCCAGCUCCCAGGACAAUGUUUGUUCAUACAAUUGGAAUGGGUUGUACAUUAUUACCAUUAUAUCAGUUGGGCAUUUGAUUCACUUGUCUUAAAAAUAUUACCUUAAAAAUCACUUGAACCCCAAAAGUACUGUACUGUACAGAAAAUUUGAGAUAUACUCCUGUGUCUCUUAUGGUGUGAUACUGUUAUCCUGGGAGGCAGAGUGAGACAGUUCCUCCAACCUCUCACAUUUGGUUCUGUAAAUCCAUGAAAAAUGUGUUGUUUCUACUCAGAAUGUAUAUACAGUAAUUCAAUUGACAGUAGGAACAUUAUAGAAUCUAGUCUCAUUAAACAUACCGAAUCCGUCAACAUGAAUUUGAGUAAUGGUAUGUACAAAUUGGAUAAU